GCCAGCAAAACUUUAAAAAUAUUCCAGCACAUGGGAUUGCGGUGCAUGUCAUUGCGAUCUUUUUUCCGACAUCAAAAUACCAAGCUGUUUCCAAGCAUUCAUUUAUAUUGGAAAAAGUACAAAGACUCUUUGAACACAAAUUUAAGGAAAAUCCAAGACAUAGUUCUUGCUGGUGAUGGCCGCCAUGAGAGUAUGGGCCAUUGUGCAAAACACUGUGCAUACAGCAUAUUCUGUUGUAAUGGUGACAUAAAUAAAAUUGUAGAUUUUUGUUUAGUGCAGAGAAAUGAAGCUGGUAACAGCCCAGCAAUGGAGUAUCUAGCUUUCACAAAGGCACUGGAGAGGCUUUAAAAGAUGGCUUGAAUGUGACAACUUUU